CCGCGGCCGCCGAGCAGCCAUGGCGGAGGCCGCGCCGUCCCACCUGGCGCUGCCCUCGGGUCUGCUGGAGCUGUGCGCGCUGCUGGGGCCCUCCCGGGACAGCCUCCGCGGCCCCGAGGUGUCCCUCAAGCAGGGGGUCGGCAGCCCCUCUCCUCUCGAUCCAGAGGUCCUGUCCGUGUUUGUGCCUCCUUUCGUCACUAAGGAGGACAGUCAGACGGCCGGCGUCCCCUCUGCGACUCUGAGCAAGACCAGAAGGCGCUCCUUCAGGAAGAAGAGGGACAAGCCCAAAACAGAGCCCUGGAAGGGCCUCCCUCCUGAAGACGUUAGUGUCCCCGAUGGCGUGGACCUGCUCGCCCUGCCUCAGCUCUGCUUCCCAGGGGGCAUGUACGUGGCCUCGGAGCCGAAGGAGGACUGUGUCCACUUCCUGGUGCUGACCGACGUCUGUGGGAACAGAACGCACGGCGCGGUGGUCCAGUACUAUCGGCCUCUGCGCGACGCAUCGUGUUUCUACAACGGCAAGGCGCACUGGGAGCCGUCCUGGCCGACGGCGGGCGUGGCUGGCUGCUUUGUCCCCUUCGCCGUGUGCGUGGUCUCCAAGCUGCCCUAUUACAACGCCCUCAAGGACUGCCUGUCCUGUUUAUUGACUCAUCUGAAGCUCUGUAAAGAUUUCGAAGUUGACAAUCACAUAAAAGAUUUUGCUGCAAAACUGUCUUUAAUACCUAGCCCGCCACCUGGACCCCUUCAUUUGAUAUUUAACAUGAAGCCACUGCAGAUCGUGUUUCCCUCCCGUGCGGACCCCGAGAGCCCGGUCGUCGACUUGGACCUCCACUUGCCGUUGCUGUGUUUCAGGCCCGAGAAGGUGCUGCAGAUCCUGACGUGCCUCCUCACGGAGCAGCGGAUCGUGUUCUUCUCCUCCAGCUGGGCUCUGCUGCCGCUGGUGGCCGAGUGCUUCCUGGCCUACCUGCACCCGUUGCAGUGGCAGCACACGUUCGUGCCCGUCCUGUCGCGCCAGAUGCUGGACUUCGUCAUGGCGCCGACGUCCUUCCUCAUGGGCUGCCACCUCGACCACUUUGACGAAGUCAGCAAGGAAGCUGAUGGUCUAAUUCUGAUAAAUAUGGAUAACGGGAGCGUCACGUGUUCUGAUGACCGGGAGGUCGACGUCCCCGACAUCCCCCUGCUGGCAGCGCACACGUUCAUUCAGAGGGUCCAGAGCCUGCGGCUGCACCACGAGCUGGACCUCGCGCACCUGGGCGCCAGCACGGACCUGAACGAGGGGCGCGCGCGCCGGCGGGCCUGGCAGCGGAGCCUCAACUGCCAGGUGCAGCACGCGGCGCUGCAGCUGCUGGUGGACGUCUUCAGGGACGUGAAGAACCACCUGAAUUACGAGCACAGGGUGUUCAACAGCGAGGAGUUUCUCAAAACCAGGGCUCCGGGCGACCAGCGGUUCUACCGGCAGGUGUUGGAUACCUACAUGUUUCACUCUUUCCUUAAAGCCCGGCUCAGCAGAAGGAUGGACGCCUUCGCCCAGAUGGAUCUCCACACGCAGUCCGAAGAGGACAGAUUAAACGGGAUGCUGGUGAGCCCAAGAAGACCCACCAUCGAGAAGAUGACCUCACGGAAGUUCUCGCCCCUGCACAUCGCCCACAGGCGAAUGGUAGUGAGCAUGCCCAACCUGCAGGACAUCGCCGUCCCCGAGCUGCCCGCCCGGAACGCGUCGCUUCGCAAAGUGGACACCGCGGGCUGCGGAAGCGGCAGCAUAGCUCUGAAUGUGAGUCCGAAGCCGACGUACACGUUCAAGAUCCCGGAGAUCCACUUCCCGCUGGUGAGCCAGUGCGUGCAGGCCUACUACGCCGACUGCGUCGCCCAGCUCACCAAGGCCAUGAGCCUCCUGGCCCCCGACAGCUCCGUGCUCCUGGCCCGGUACUUCUACCUCCGCGGGGCGGUGCACCUGAUGCACGGGCAGCUGCUGGACGCCCUGCUGGACUUCCAGAGUCUCUACAAGACAGACAUCCGGAUCUUUCCCGCCGAUCUCGUGCGGAGGACAGUGCGGUCCCUGUCGGGCCCCCAGCGCGCCCAGGCCGAGCAGGUGCCUGAGCUGCGACGGCUCAUCAGCGAGGUGGUGGACAAGGCCGGCGAGGCCACGAAGCCCGACGACCGUGUGAAGAACUUCGAGCUGCCCAAGAAGCACAUGCAGCUGGACGAUUUCGUGAGGAGGGUCCAGGAGUCGGGCAUCGUGAAGGACACCGACAUCAUUCACCGACUGUUUGAGGCGCUCACCGUGGGACACGAGAAACAGAUCGACCCAGAAACAUUCAAAGAUUUCUACAACUGCUGGAAAGAGGCAGAAGCAGAGGCCCAGGAGGUCAGUCUGCCUCUGUCGGUGAUGGAGCACCUGGACAAGAACGAGUGUGUGUACAAGCUGUCGAGCUCCGUCAAGACAAACCGUGGCGUGGGCAAGAUCGCCAUGACCCAGAAGCGCCUGUUCCUCCUGACGGAAGGGAGACCGGGCUACGUGGAGAUUUCCACCUUCAGGAACAUAGAGGAAGUGAGAAGUACCACCGUAGCUUUUCUGCUUCUGAGAAUACCCACUUUAAAAAUCAAAACGGUGUCCAAGAAAGAAGUGUUUGAGGCUAACCUGAAGACGGAGUGUGACCUGUGGCACCUGAUGGUGAAGGAGAUGUGGGCCGGGAAGAAGCUGGCUGACGACCACAAGGACCCGCAGUACAUCCAGCAGGCGCUGACGCACGUCUUGCUGAUGGACGCCGUGGUGGGCACGCUGCCUUCGCCCGGCGCCAUCUACGCCGCCUCUAAGCUGUCGUACUUCGACAGGAUGAAGAACGAAAUGCCCACGGCGGUUCCAAAGACGACCUCGGAGACCCUGAAGCACAAGAUAAAUCCUUCGGCAGGAGAGACUUUGCCCCACGCCGUGGACGUCUUGUUGUACACCCCAGGGCAUCUGGACCCAGCAGAGAAAGUGGAGGACGCCCGCCCCAAGCUGUGGUGUGCUCUGAGCGAGGGCAAAGUGACCGUGUUUGACGCCUCCUCCUGGACGGUCCACCAGCACUGCUUUAAAGCGGGCAAUUCCAAGGUGAACUGCAUGGUGAUGGCGGAGCAGAACCAGGUGUGGGUCGGCUCCGAGGACUCGGUCAUCUACAUCAUCAACGUCCACAGCAUGUCCUGCAACAAGCAACUCACCGACCACCGCUCCGGCGUCACGGACUUGGCCGUGCAGAGCGGGACGCCCAGCAAGGUGUACUCAAGCAGCACGGACGGGACCAUCCUGGCGUGGAAUGCGAGCACCCUGCGGGUGACCGACAGGUUCCAGCUGCCCGGCGGUAGGCUCUCGUCCAUCAGCCUGCAUGACGGCUGCCUCUGGUGCUGCACAGGGAACAGUAUCGUGGCCAUGACGUCCAGCGGACUCCUUUGUCAAGAACUGAAGGUCAGCGAGAACUUCAAGGACAUCAGCACGUCCUUCCUCAGCUUCCAGCUCCUCCCGGAGCAGGAGCAGCUCUGGGCGGCCUGUGCCGGCCUCGACAGCAUCUACACGUGGAGCCUGAAGGACCUGACCCAGCGGCCUCAGGCGGUUCGCCUCCAGGACUGCUCCGAGGUCAGCUGCAUGAUCAGGGUGAAGAAGCAGAUCUGGGUAGGUGGCACAGGCCUGGCACAGGGAAAGUCCAAAGGGAAAAUCUACGUGGUCGACGCCGAGAGGAAGACGGUGGAAAAGGAGCUGGUGGCCCACGCGGACGUGGUGAAGACCCUGUGCUCGGCGGAGGACAGAUACGUGCUGAGCGGGUCGGGCAGGGCGGAAGGGAAGAUCGCCAUCUGGAAAGUCGAGUAAACGUGGGUGAACAUGCUGAGCAGCGCCGUGUCCCGCCCCUGCCGGCGCCCCCCCAGGAAGGUGGGGGAGGGGAGCCAGUCCGGCCCCCCAUGGGGGAGGGCGGUGUGCCGCUCUCCUGAUUCCAACAGCCAGCUUGGGGUGCUUCUCCGGCAGGCGGCUGGAUCAACUUGCUAACAGGCUCUGCCGUGAAGUUACCCUGUGUGUUGUCUAGAAAGUUCCAGAACUCACGACUAGGGGCCAGCACCAGAGCGGGAGGGAAGUGACUUAGCCCCAUCACGUAUGACCGGCAGACCUCCAGUCUCUGGUGUGCGUUUCCUCUGCUUCGUUCACUCAGCAAGUGUCCAGUGAGCAUCAGCGGGCAGGGGACCUACCGCCUUCGGCAGCCGCGUAUCUCCAGCGCGUGCGUGAGAGGAGGUGCUUUUUAAGUGACAACUUUGUGGCUGAAGAGAUUGGCGGCUGCCCUUGCUGGGCCUGCUCAGAGCAGGUGACCCAGGACGGCACAGGGAGGGGACGGCACCGGGCUCAGGGUGUGUGGCCAGGCUGGGCUGAGGUGUGUCCGGUCUUUAUAAUGAAGAGACCUAGAGAGACGGGACUGCCGAAGGUCACUGGUGAGGAGUUCCGCCUAAAAGAGCAUCCGUGAUCGAAUUUUCUAGUGACGUUGCUGCCACUCAGUCACAUAUAUUUCCACCAUCUGUAUCUUGUCUGUUGCGUAGAUGGUCCGUUAUUUAUCUGAAAUGAUCUUAUUAGCUAUAAAUUAAGUAUUUGCAAAAAAAGACCUCUUACACAUUUUUACUAUUAUAUUGAGAUGUCCCUCCCUCAGUGUCCAGGAGGGAGCGGAUAUCCCCCUAACAGCAACGAGUGAGGGUCUGUCCCUGUCCCCCGAUGGACCCACCAUGAGCUCAGCCGCAGAUGGGGCCGCUGGACCCUCUGCCCUGGGCUUAUCGGUCUCAGAGGCCACGCUGACCCUGAAAGGUCAGAGGGUGUUCGCCAGCCCCCAGGGGUGAGCUCAGAGUGUCCGGAGCCUCCAGACGAAAGCUUAGACCAGGCCUUGCUCUGCAGAACUUACAUGCUUUGCAUGGUCCAUAUCACGGACCCAGAUUUUGGGAUGUUCUGGGAAUGUGGUGCAGAGAACAGCCAGGCGGCCUCACGCCCCCGUGACUGUGCUUACAAAGAAGGGGUGUUCCAGACUUCUGGAAGGGAGACUCUGCCGUAGCAAAGGACACAAGGUUGAAUUCUGCUUUUGUGAACAUGUGAAAAAUUACAGUCAAAUCCGGUCAGAAACACUCAUAAAUUAUUGAAUGUCAGUCCACACGUAACCAGCUGUUUUUACUUGUCGAUAAUAAAUUUCGUUUAUUAAA